GUAAAGGUACAGUUUAUUGAAGAGGUGGCAACACCGCUACCGCAGCAGGUUCAAGUAUGAGCUGAUGCGUGUAAAAUAAUGUCGUGAAACUAUUUGGAAUUUUUUUUUGGACAUUUCAACACUAAUAUUAUGGUAAGAUUUAUUCAUGGCUCUGUCUCAGAUUCAGUGUCUAAAUGAGUACCAUGUUAAUUUACGCACUAAUGAGUCCAAGCCGGAGUUCCUGUACAGUGAAGAGCAGAGGCUGGCGCUGGAGAAGCUGCUGGAUGAAGGUCCGGACUGCUUUCACGAGUUCAUCAAGACCAACCAGAUUCGGCCAUUUCUCUCCGACCUGGAGCUCGCUCACCUGUCCGCCUCCGUGGAACAGUAUUGUCCGGAUUUACCCGGUGACCUGGUCGAGUAUGAUGGGGACAGUAAAGGGACGCGUUUGUCCCUGCAGUACUGGCCUGAGCGCUCCGAUGACUCGCUCCCGCAGCUGGAGCUCGGUUGGCCUCAGCGCGCGAGCUACCGUGGAGUGACCCGCGUCAGCGUGCACGCGCAGCCACCACUACACGGUGACCCACAUGUUAAAGAGGUCAUCAGGAGAACCAUAGCACAGGCACAGAAGGUCAUUGCCGUGGUCAUGGAUUUGUUUACAGAUGUAGACAUCUUUAAAGAUCUCUUGCAUGCAAGCUUCAAGCGUAACGUGGCUGUAUACAUCAUACUGGAGGUUACUGGGGUUCCACACUUUCUAAAAAUGUGUGAGAGUGCCACAAUGCACACAGGACACCUUAAGAACUUGAGAGUGCGGAGUAUCAGAGGAAAUGGCUUUUUUACUCACUUGUCCAAGAGAGUAUGUGGGAGCCAAAGUCAAAAAUUCAUGUUUAUUGAUGGAGACAAAGCCAUUUCAGGAUCAUACAGUUUUACAUGGAGUGCCUCAAGAUUAGACAGGAGCAUCAUUACAGUGCUAACAGGCCAGGCUGUUGACUACUUUGACCAAUUGUUUCAAGACCUGUACAUGAUGUCAAAUCCUAUUAACUUGAACAAGAUUAAGCUGGAGAAAGAGCAAACACUAAAACCCAUCUCUAAAGCAGCACCUGUCCUUUUGGCCUCAGCCACUCUGGCCCACAAACUCAUCAACCCCAAAUAUGCUUUGGUCUUUGGCACUGCUGCUGCCAAAAGCAAUCAAGUAGAUUCUAAGAUGUGCACACAAAAGAAUAACAACAAUUAUCAAAUAACAGAGAUGUCAGAGGGUCCUCAUAUUCACCCUGGACUGCUUCACCUAGAAAAAGCCAACAUGAUUGACUACCUGCCAGUUUGGCCUGAGCCAGACCCACCUAUUGAUGUCAUUGGUUUCAUUAAUAUAAGGGACUGUAAUAAGCCCCUACAAGCUCACCUCACACGUUCAGAGCUCUUUGAGGUCUCACAAGCCAUCCGAUUUAAAGACCCACUCCAUGUGCCACAAAAUGGUCUAUCUGAGCAGGUUUGUCCAAGACCCACAUUUCCAAUUGUUGCUUCAACCAACAAGCCGCCACUUGUGCAACCCAAAACUAAACUGGAGAAUGAUAAGCUUAGCAGUCUGCAAGAACAGGUUGUGUAUAUGUCCCAUAUUCAAAAUCCUGCAGCAGCUUACUGUAGCAAGAAAGAUGAGAAAGACUCAUUUGUAAUGAAUGGUAUGCUAAAGCAAACCGAUAUCUCAUCUACACAGAGAGAAGAAACAAGUGCUGAUAGUAUUAUUAUUACCAGCGCUAGUGUUGAGCUGUGUAAAGAUUCUGAAAUGUCCAAAAAUCUACAGAUUCAUAAUUCAUUUUAUACUGAUGCACCUAAUAUAGUAACAACUCAUACUCCUGUUGCACAAGAUAAAACUACAUUAAACGGAAAUAGCUGUGAGACCAUUGGAGAAAUCGUCAUUGACAAUAAUAUCCGGGACAAUGGGCAAAACACACACAAACCCAUAGAACCAGAUAAAAAUGAGACAGAUAGAAUAGACUGCACAAUAGAUAACGGACAGAGGGCCUAUUCUAACUCUACUUCUUCUUUUUCAUCAGAUGAGUACUUUGAGUGCAGUGAGAGUUUGAUUGUUGAUUCUGAUAUUGUAGGCAUGGUUAACAGGAUGCCAGCCGUCUCCCAGUUUCCAGAUGAGCCAGACACUUCCAAAGAAAACUUGUCCUCAUUUAUGUUUGGCUCAUGUGAGAAUUCAACAAACCAUGAGGCCAUGAAAGAAACAGAAAGCUUUGUGCUCAUGCCACCCGAAGAGCGCAAUGGCCAAAACCUAAUUGGGGCAUCAACCGACAAGUUGUCUGCUUUGGAUUUUACGUCAGUGAAUGGAGGAAAUUGUUUGUCUGAAUCGGUUUCUAUGGCCCAUAAAGAGCAAAUACAUGAAACAGAUUCUAUGUUACAACAAAUACCAGAGAGCAAAUUAUUACUUGAAGUUAAGACUGAUGCACAGGUAGCAGCUGAAGAAAAUACAGAGUGCCCUCAGCAGUGUGAAUCAUACUCAGAAGUUAAUCGUAUUGCUGACAUACAGCCUGUACAAGGAAACCACAGUGCCGAAUCACAGCUAUUAUUAUUCAAGCCUUUGCUGCAGGAUAAAGUGUCUGUGCCUUACAUGCCAGUGCAGAAGAUUGCUGAGGCACAGUGUAUUGUGUUUUCUGACACAGUUAACAAAGUGCCACUGCUGAGAUUAAGGCCAGACACUUGCCAGAGAUUUAAUUGCACAUGUAACCUCAAAUCUGCUUUUAAAGUAAAUGAUGACACACACUUAACACCACAGUCAAAACCAGUUUCUCUAAACACUGGCUUCCUGAAUAGCCGAAAUACUGUAAGAAGUCAUAAAGAAGAUUUCAAAUUGCCUUUUCAAAACAAACUACUGAUAGCAAGGGAGUCAAAACUUAAACAGGACAUAAAAGUAAAAGACAUUCAUAGCUCCAGUUCAGAAAUGAAGGAGUGUGCAACACCCCAAAAUGUGGACAAAGCGCAGCAGAUAAAACUGAAAACAUUGUCUGACUUCAAGGCUAGACAUCUCAGAGCUGAUAUCCUUCCUGUAAAACGGAAGACGCAGGUGCAUAUGUGUGUGCGGGAAGAGCAUAAGAACCAGUCUGAGAUGAAACCUAAGUUACAGAAAAAUUUCAAGCAGCUAAACCAGGUCUCACCUCGACAUAAACAAUUUCCAGCAAAUGAAGUCAGACUCACUUCAGCCAAAGUAUCCAUCAGCAAACUCCACAGCAAUAAUCAUCUUUCUACAUUUGAUGUAUCCAUGCCUGGAGUUCAAAAUGAUCCCCCUGAAAGGCAGUUGAGCCAAAAUAGGGCUGCUAAUGAUCUUCAUGCAACUCCUGCCAAGCUUCCCAGGAGACAUACAGUUCCCACCAGGUCAAACCAAACUCGGUUCAGACCCUUACGGACAGAUCUCUCAGCAUACUGUCAGUGUUCUUCUCAAAAACAGCCUCAGGCCCAACAGGAUAGAAUGAGGGUGAACCAAUUACACCAAACAAGCUUCAGGCAACAUUAUAGCUCAGCUACAGAAGACAGAUCUUAUUUUAGAGGAACGUUAUUUCCAAACACUUUAAGAACUAUGAGAACUACUGCUCCAUCUUCUCAAAUGAAACAGAAAAAGAGUAUUAAAGAGCCAGAUGAAAAGUGA